AUGAUGCAAGCCCAUUCCUCUCCAACUUACCUGUACUUUCCGGACAAGAACAAAGUCCUGAGGAUUCUCCAGCUACCGAGUGAUCCGCACCCAUUCGUCGGAUUCACGGAGCACUUUCGUCUAAUAGGAUAUCUUGCGAGCACCAACCGGGAGCUCUCGCCCCUUUACCGUGCAGAGCAUGUAUCGACGAACUCAGAACACAAUAUUCUGGAUAUCGUCGGCAUACUGGCUGUUCCAAGCCACAAUAGAGUAAUGUUUUCCGAAGUAUAUGAAAAGAAGAGGACCGGCGACGGCGAUUUUCUGCGGUUGAUCGACAGCGAACUUUGUCGCCCAAAUGUAUUAGGGUGUACAAGUGUUGUGUGGCCCCUUGGCAUGUUGGAUUCUUCCAUCCGCUUCUAUGUAGCACCAUUCCCAGAUGGAUUCUCGCCUUGCAGCCCUCUCGCUGCCAGUGAGGUUGCGCCUUUGAAUGACUUCAUGAUUCGUACCCCUCGCAGUGCCAUCCAAUCUCACCGCUCUUCCAAAUGCAGAAUUCACGUCUAUACGUUCGCAAAGAGCUAA